AAUCUUAUCGUUUCCCAGGAAUUAAACUUUUUGUUAAAGUUUUAUAAUAAAAUUUUUAUUUCCUCUACUUAAUUUCACUAAUCAAAAUAUAGUUCCCGGUCAACGAGCGUUAAGUUAGAUUGUUGAACAACAAAAACGUUAGUCAAGUAACAAGUUAUGUACAUAGGAAAAAAGAUUUUAUAAUAAUUAAUUAUAAUUAAAUAUAAUUAUUAAUUUAAUUUGCUGCAUUUACCUAUUUGGCUUGUUGGACUUAUUUCGUUCAAGAUCCUGAAAAUUUUUUUAAAAAAGGGAAACAUCUUUGGUUUUUCAUUCUUUUGGCAGCAAAUAAUCCCUCUAAAAGUCUAAAUUAGCCUAUCUGCUAACAAUAUGGCGGAAACUAACAAGGGAGAGAAGGAUGAGAAAAUGAGGGUGAAGUUGUACAUGUUAAAUGCCGGCCGGGUGUGGGAUGACCAGGGCACUGGUUAUGUUUCAUCGACUUUCAUUGACAAGUCGAAAAAUAUGAUUCUAUUAGUGAAAGAGGAAAAUAAAAAUACAGUACUGCUAGAAUCAAAGAUCCAACUGAACACAGCAUACCAAAAACAACAAGAGACGCUGAUCGUGUGGUCGGAGGCUGACAACUAUGAUUACGCCCUAAGCUUUCAGAAUAAGGCCGGCUGUGAUGAGAUUUGGGCCCAAAUAUGUCAGGUGCAGGGUAAAGAUCCAUCUGUCGACAUCACACAAGACAUUCUACUCGAUCAGGAUGACCCUGACCUCGACGACGACCGGUUCGACGUGUCCGGGGGUGCUGGACACCUCGGCCAUCACGACGAUGUCGUCGAUAGGGUAUCUAUGUCCUUGCCAUCCUGUGAAUUGGGCAGACUGGAUGAUAUUGUCGAGUUGUUUCAGUCGUGUCUAACGUCCCCAAUAAAACGAGAACGCCUGGCCACGUUGUUGGAAUCGGAGAAUUACAUCGGUAAGUUGGUGGAGUUGUUUCGCAUGAGCGAGGACCUCGAGGACAUCGACGCUCUCCACAAACUUUUUAACGCAUUCAAAAGUCUCUUCUUCCUCAAUAAAACCCCGGUAUUUGAAGCCAUGUUUGCUGACGACGUAAUCUUUGACGUGAUUGGUGCGCUGGAGUACGACCCCGCCCACCAACAGCAGCAGCAGCAGCAGCCUCAACCAAUCAAACACAGGGAAUAUCUGAAGACACAGACACGACUGAAACAGGCUGUACCGAUUGAAAAUCCCGAAUUAAUACAAAAAAUUCACCAGACGUAUCGGGUGCAGUACAUACAAGACGCCAUCUUGCCUGCCCCAUCCGUCUUUGAGGAUAACGUCCUCUCCACUCUGACGUCCUUUAUAUAUUUCAACAAAAUGGAGAUUGUUACAGUGCUACAGGAGGAUGAAAAGUACUUGCAGACGUUAUUCAAGCAGCUAGUAGAUGAUGACACUGACGACGACGCGAGGAAAGAUAUGGUCAUUUUCCUCAAAGAAUUCUGUUCAUUCUCGCAGAACCUUGCCCAACAAAAUCGAGAGGGUUUCUUUAAGGCACUCUCCAAGCUUGGAAUACUGAAUACAGUAGAAACAAUUCUGGGGCUAGACGACCCGACCAUACGUUCAUACGCCAUAGAUAUCUUUUCAUACAUCGUCGAAUUCAGUCCAUCACUAGUUAGGGAGUUCUGUAUGCAAGAGUCACUCAAACAUGAAGAUGAUGAAUUACUGAUCAAUAUUGUGAUAGAGCAGAUGUUUGUUGACCACGACCCAGAGAUGGGCGGCGCCCUACAGCUGAUGGGUAUAAUCAGGCUCCUCAUCGAUCCUGAAAAUAUGACCACAGCCAUUAAGAACGAGAAAACAGAAUUUUUAGCAUUUUUCUACCCCCACUGUAUGCACGUUCUCACCGCCCCACUCUACGCCAAUACAGCCGAAGGCAAACCAAGUAGAGACGACUACCAGACGGCCCAGUUGUUGGCCCACAUCCUCGAGCUGCUGACAUUCUGCGUUGAACACCAUGCCUAUCACAUCAAGAACCACAUAAACAACGUGAAUAUACUGAAGCGGGUGCUAACUCUACUCAAGUCUAAACACGCAUUUCUACAGCUAUCUUCCUUACGUUUACUUCGUCGUAUGAUUGGCCUAAAAGACGAGUUCUACGUUAAGCACAUAGUUAAAUAUGAUUUGCUGAAGACAGUGGUGGAGGCAUUCAAGAGAAAUGGGCAUAGAUACAAUCUGUUCGAUUCGGCCGUCAUUGAACUUUUUGAGUUCAUUAGAACGGAAGACAUAAAACCCGUCAUUGCGUAUUUCGUGCCGUGCCACUUUGCAUCCGUCGAGGAUGUUAAGUACGUUCAGACCUUCCAAUUGCUGAAGCAGAAGUACGACCAGUCUCUAGAGCGAGUGAACAGCGCCCCUAGCACAACGGCGGCCAGUACUACCGCUGCCGCCAACGUCAGCGUCAGUGGCUCUAAUGUCAAUUUCCUCUCCCCUCUCAACAGCAGCAUGACGUCAUCGACCGCGCACACCUCGAAAGCCGAGCAAUCACAGAUGGACGACGAUGAAGAGACGUGGUUCGAUCAGGAUGAC